GACACUAGGUUGUGGCGUUUGUCCAGCUGUUCCCUCAGGGGAGCGAGGCCAUGGGGCCUAUAGGCUUAGCCUCUGACCCUGGGGACGCUCAGCCCAGGCCUGCCCCAGCACCAAUAGUCAAGGGGCAGCAAAUUUUUAACUAGACACACUGAUCAUUAACAGGGUAGGAAGGAGUUCAAACUCAGCCUCACUCAGGGGCAGAGACCAGCUGGGCCUUGGGCCUCUUGCAGAGAUGUUGGGCCGUGGAGUCUGGUCCUCCGUGAGGCAGGGGCUGAGCAGGGGCUUGUCCAGGAAUGUGGGGGGCUGGGCCUCAGGGGAGGGGAGGAAGGUGGACAUUGCAGGUAUCUACCCCCCUGUGACCACCCCCUUCACUGCCACGGCAGAGGUGGACUAUGGGAAACUGGAAGAGAACCUGCACAAACUGGGUACCUUCCCCUUCCGAGGCUUCGUGGUCCAGGGCUCCAACGGCGAGUUCCCCUUCCUGACCAGCAGCGAGCGGCUGGAGGUGGUGAGCCGAGUCCGCCAGGCCAUGCCCAAGGACAAACUCCUGCUAGCCGGCUCUGGCUGCGAGUCCACGCAAGCCACUGUGGAGAUGACUGUGAGCAUGGCCCAGGUUGGGGCAGACGCCGCCAUCGUGGUGACCCCUUGCUACUAUCGUGGCCGCAUGAGCAGUGCGGCCCUCAUUCACCACUACACCAAGGUCGCUGACCUUUCCCCAGUCCCUGUGGUGCUCUACAGCGUCCCAGCCAACACGGGGCUAGCCCUGCCCGUGGAUGCAGUGGUCACGCUCUCCCAGCACCCGAACAUCGUGGGCAUCAAGGACAGUGGCGGUGACGUGACCAGGAUGGGGCUGAUGGUUCACAAGACCCGGAGGCAGGAUUUCCAGGUGUUGGCUGGAUCGGCUGGCUUCCUGCUGGCCAGCUACGCCGUGGGAGCUGUGGGGGGCGUGUGUGCCCUGGCCAAUGUCCUGGGGGCCCAGGUGUGCCAGCUGGAGCGACUCUGCCUCACGGGGCAAUGGGAAGAUGCCCAGAAACUGCAGCACCGCCUCAUUGAGCCAAACACUGCGUCAGGUGGUGUACCCCAAUUCUGUAUUGAGCAAGUCAAGGAGAAGAGCCGAGAUGGAAUGCCUGUCAAGAGCCCAGCAGUGCUGUGCAGAGCCAUAUUGGGGUCUGAGGCAGGAAGGAAAAUGUGUGUUCUUAGAGACACAUUUGUGACCCGGCGCUUUGGGAUCCCCGGGCUGAAGAAGACCAUGGACUGGUUUGGCUACUAUGGAGGCCCCUGCCGAGCCCCCUUGCAGGAGCUUAGCCCCACAGACGAGGAGGCGCUGCGUAUGGAUUUCAGCAGUAAUGGCUGGCUCUGAGGGCAAGGGGAGGACCCGUGCCCAUCUCUGCUUCCUGCCUUGUGCCUGCAGCUAAAGAGGCACAUGGGGGUACGAGCCUUCAAAGCCUGUUUCCCUACUUGAGUCCUCUAGGUGGCCUCUUCCAGGCUCUGCCAUGCAUCCUCAUUUCCUAGUCUCACAGCCCCAUGACUGCUGGCAUUUGUACCCUAAACUCUGCUCUCUAGAGACCCUCAGUCUGGGAAGGAGCAAUUGCUUGUCCUUCCACUGUGCCUUCCUGUGCCCUGGGACGUGACCAGGAACCAGAGGGCAAGAGCAGGGGCGUACUGGGCACAAGUAACAUCAUGUAUUUUACUGAUGGGACGGCUGCUUAGACUUGGCUGGACACACCUGAGCCCAGCACAGUGCAGCGGGGAGCCAGAGCUAUUCUUAAGAACCUGACUCCUUCCAGGGAAAGUGGUGGGUUCGGAAACCUAAUCAGAAGUGUCACUGGCCUCUGAAAGGCCCCCAAGCUGCAUUCCAGACACAGUGCCCUUUCCUAAAUCCAUUUUGAUCCUCUCAUAUUCUCAUCUCUUGCGUUGACCUCAACCGUAGAGAGCACGAGCUGACCCAGGGGCUUGCCAGAGUUGGUAAAUAAUGACCCCUGGUGGAUAAAUGUUACAUUCUAGGAGACUUCUAGCCAACCUAGGUCUGAAACAUUAGGGAAGGAGACUUGGUCUAAGACCGGGCCAUCCUCUUGCCUUAGGCACUGUGCUUUCAUUGUUAAAAAUAAUACUUUGUUCUUGCAAUAAAGUUGAAUAAGUGAAAA